CUUCACGACUUCUCUCUACCUCUCAGCACUCGCACUCGGUAAGGCGCAACAUGAUGGCGAUGCUGCGGCGCGCGGCCGUCGUCCUCCCAAUCGCCUGGACUGGCGUCUGGCUAGGAUACUACGCAUACACAGAUACGCUGCGGCGCUCGCACAUCCGCUCGCGGAACAAAGAGCUUGACUCGGCGCUCUCUACGCUUGGGGUUGACAGACGGGCUCCGGCGAGCGAGGAGGAGAAGGAGGCGAUCAAGAAGCGCUUCUCGAGCCUCCGCUUUGCCGGGCGGUACUGGAAUCCAUAUGUCGAAUGGCGCGAGCAGGGCGCUUGGGAAUGGGCGUGGUGGAAGGUCAUCCUGUCCACGCUCAAUGGCAAGCUGUUCUACUUUGAUGGCGACCUGCCUGCCGAGCGGCCCAUUCCCGAUCUGCCUGUUGAAACGCCUGACUUCGCCCUGCUGUACGGCAAAGACGCGCGGGUCCACAUCCCGGUCUCGACCGACGAGGGGGAGAAGGAGAAUGUGCACGGCAAUGGCUACGCCAACGAGCACGCAAAUGGGCAUGCAAACGGAACCGCUCAGACCAACGGACAUGCCAAUGGGCACGCAAACGGACAUGCAAACCACGCCGAUGGGCACGCAUAUCGACACGCCCUUCCUCCAGCGCAGACAAUGCGUCACCGUACCCACCGCGGCGGCGCCGACAUUGACAUCACAGACAAGCUUACGAUUACCUGGAUGGGCCAGUCUACUUCCUAUGUUACACUAGACAAACUGGCCAUUCUCACCGACCCCGCACUGCAGGACCGCACGAUCCCCUCGACACUGGCACCGCAACGCAUUCGUCCAGCGCCAUGUACAUACGAGGACUUGAAGCGCGUCGACCUGGUUCUUGUUUCUCACAACCAUUACGACCACCUCGACCCUCAGGCUGUCGUCGAACUCGGUGACUCAUGCGAAUGGGUCGUGCCAAUGGGCGCCGGGGACUUCUUGCGCGAGCUGGGCGUCACCCGCGUGACGGAGCUCGACUGGUGGCAGGAGAAGAAGCACACCCUGCAGCGUCCCGGAGAGAAAGACCGGACGUACACGAUUACUGCUGUUCCUGUGAUGCACUGGUCGGCGCGCUCGCCAGCGGAUACCAACGCAACUCUAUGGUCUGCUUUCCACGUCAAGAGUGACACUGAGAAACCUCGUUCCUUCAUCCACCUCGGCGACACCGGCUACUCACCUACACUCUACGAGGCUGUAGGUCGCGUCCUCGGGCCAGUCGACCUAGCGGCCAUCCCGAUAGGCUCGUACGAGCCGAGGUGGCACAUGCACCUUCAGCACACGGAUCCCGAGGGCGCGGUGCGUAUGGCGCUUAACCUCGGCGCCAAGAAGAGCAUCGGCGUGCACUGGGGCACGUGGAUCAUGUCGGACGAGGCGUAUAAUAUGCCACCGAUCGACCUUGCCAAGGCGCGCGAGAAGUAUGGCGUGAGCGAGGACGCCUUCAGCACUGUGCCUGUGGGGAAGACGGUCGUCGUAGAGUAGUGUAUUAGAGUGCAGGUGUAGAUGUAUCAUUGCUCUGUGAA